CUUACAAUAAAUACUACACUUCCAGUCUUGUCCACGUGCAUUUGUUUUGAAACUUCUAUAUGAAUUCUUGUUGAGAUGGGAAAGGUUUCAAACAAGGAUAAGAAAAAUAGAAUAAAGAAUAAGAAGCCUAAAACAAAAGACAAACAGGCAAGAUUUGUGGAUGUACAAGAUGCUGAACUACUUUCUAAAGACCAACUUAAAAAAAUAAAGCAAAACAGAACAUGUGCCACACGAGUAUCAGGAAAACGAAAACACAAAUUGCUGAAGAGGAUCAGACACCAACAGAAAGAAAAGAUCAGAAUGGACAUUGAUGCAGACAUCCCUCAAAAGAAGCAAACUUCAAAAGAGAACCAGUCAAACAACAAAAUGGAAACAGAUUCUUGAUGUUUGAUAGACAAAUAGACAGUAACCAUGGGAACAAGAAUUAUCACUGUGAUAUGUGGAAGAAAGUGGAUAGUGUACAUGUAUUUCUUAAAGAAAUAUUAAAAAAUUAUCACAAUGGAAAA